ACGGCAAGGAGGACUCGGACCUGAUUCGCUUAACCUCGCCCCGGCCGGGCGGGAUGCUGGGCCGCGAAGUGACGCGAGCGUCUCGACUCGCCAUGUGAGUCGCGUGCCCGGAGCGCCCAGCAGGACUCGUCUAACGUAGCUAGAGGAUCAGUGGCGUAGCGGUGCUUCGAGGACGAUCCCGGCGACCCCGCGCCCCGACAGACAUGAGCUCCUUCCUCAUGAAUCCGUCCACGGGUGGCGGAUAUCAUCAGCAGCACCAGCAGACCGUGGCCCACCACAUGGUCGACCCCAAGUUCCCUCCGAGCGAGGAGUACAGCCAGAGUAACUAUAUACCGGCGAACGGCGCCGACUUCUUCGGCGGUGGCCACCACCUCAAUCACCCCCAGUCCCACCAGCUGCAAUACGGCUAUCAUCAGCACCAUCACCAAGCGGCCUCGACGCCAUACGGUGCGACCUCCGCCGUCCAGCUUAACGGUGGCUACGCCAGCUACGGGGGAUACUACGCCUCCCACCAUCCGCACCACCAGGUGCACGCUGUGCACCACGCGACAUUGCAUCCGCACCACCACGCGGUUGGCGCCCUGGCGAUGCCGCCAGAGGCGCAGCAGCCCCCCCUGACCUGCCCGCCCUCCAUGCAGAGCCAUCAGCAGCAGCAGCAACAGCAGCAACAGCAACAGCAACAGCAGCAGCAACAACAACAACAACAACAACAACAACAACAACAACAGAGCGUCUCCUCGGCGACGGUGUUGGGUUCGACGACUCUCUCGCCAACGCUCAUGCAAAAUCACGUACAACAACAACAACAACAACAACAACAACAACAGCAGCAGCAGCACGACAGUAACGUCUGCAGUCCCGCGGGUUCCGCCUCGAUGCAUCGCGAUACGUCUCCGGAAUUGCAAAACCAGCAGCAGGCGGGACAGUCGCAGCAUCAGAGUCUCCAGAGCAGCCAGCAGGGACAGCAUCACCAGGAGGAGGGAUCCGAUCAGGACGACCUCGACGACGACCAGAUGAUGGAUGGAUCCCCGGGCAUGGGGGAGGACGACGAGGAGGACGAGGAGAACGGGGAUCGCGUUAUCUAUCCUUGGAUGAAGAAGAUACACGUUGCUGGAGUCGCGAACGGCUCGUACCAGCCGGGCAUGGAACCGAAGCGCCAGCGCACCGCGUACACGAGGCACCAGAUCCUCGAGCUCGAGAAGGAAUUCCACUACAACCGCUACCUGUCGCGCCGGCGGCGCAUCGAGAUCGCGCACACGCUCGUUCUGACCGAGCGCCAGAUCAAGAUCUGGUUCCAGAACCGGCGCAUGAAGUGGAAGAAGGAUAACAAGUUGCCCAAUACGAAGAACGUAAGACGGAAAAACUCGAGUGGCCAAUCGCAGCCGGCCAAGAGCGGCAAGGCUACCGCGAGGUCUACCGCCAAGAACCCCAACAGCAGCAGCAGCAGCAGCAGCCAGCGGAAGAACAACAACAACUCGCCCCAGAGCUGCCUCGAGAGCAGCCUCGAUGGGAGCGUGAACGGAGGCAUGUCGGGCUUGGGGGAGGUCCACGACGUGAAGCCUCCGCCGGGCGACGGCUUCCCUGGCAUCGGAGCAGCCGGUCACCCGGGCUUCCAGGCCCAUCUCGGCCAGCAUCCCCUCGCCCAUCUCCAGGCACAGCUGAGCCACUGCCAAAUCGGCGGCCUCAUGGACCCGGUCCACAUGGGCUCGGGCAGCAUAAGUCCCCUCGCGCCGGCGAGCACGAGCUCGCCCGGGGUCACGGCGAGCGUCGCCUCGGCGGCCAUAAAGUCCGACUACGGCCUCAUGGCCCUGUAACACACGGGGCCCGAGGGACUGCGGGACGA